AUGCACGAUCAAACAGGUUUUCGAGACAUCCGAAUUCGACCCCUUCAUCCAGUUUCGUCAGCUGAAUUUGUUCGUCAACUUCUUCCUUCAUUUUCUGAAAGCGUUGUUGCAAAUGUGGCUACGAUUUCGUCCAAUGUUCCUCUGGCAAUGAAACUCGUUGCUUCGAUAGUUGAAAACAAUAAUGAAGAUAUGGCAAAUAAAAUACUUGCGGAAUUAAGUCCUUCGGGAAGUCUUUUAGAGAUAGACAGGUCAUACGAGCAAAACAUGGAAAGGCUGUUCGAGACUCCUUUUGAGCAGCUGCCAUUAAGUGAUAAGCAUGCGCUGAUUUCGUUAACCGUUUUUUCAUCCCGUAGAAUAAGUAAAGAUGCUGCAGUUGACGUUAUUUUUGAUGAAAUUGGAGUUGCGAAAGCUGUAAGGAGCCUUAAAACACUUGUGAAGAAAUCACUAAUUGAUGAAGAUUCCUGUGGACAAUAUUACUCUAUUCACCCUCUUAUUCAUUUUUGA